GAAAAAAUAUUGCAUGGUUGGCGGGGUCUGCGACCCGCGCACAAAUGCAUAAAACUUUUGCCUUACGUGAUAAUUUAGGUGAUAUUACUGGAAAGUCUGGGUCGCAGUCAACAGCGGCAGGUUUAUUUGGGACUGCACUGGGUGUCAUCUUAAGUGCUGCAAUUACAGCAAAAUUUCCAGUAGAAACGCUAUCUUCGCACUCAACAUUCGCAGUCCUUCAAUCUAUAACCCCUGUUUUCUUGUGUUUUGCACCAUUUUCAAUUAUCAGUAUAUACAGCAGUUAUCGGUCAAGCUUCUUUGUCACGACCAGUACUCUCAAC